AUGACUGAGAUAAGUUCAAACGAAAAAGACAAUGAUAAUUUGGACAACUUUUUUACGUAUGAACGAACACUAUGCCUUAUUAAUUUAUAUAAAGAUUAUCGUCCAAAAAAUCAAAAGGGGCAUAUAAAAAGUUUAAAAAAAUUAUGGGAAAUUGUUUCCAAAGACAUAUCAAAUAUGUACCGUGUAACAGUGUCUGCCAUGAAGUGUGAAAAUAAGUUUAAGGUUCUUGAAAUAAACUAUAAAAAAGUGUGUGAUAACAAUAAUAAAACUGGCAGGGGAAUGAAAACUUUUGCUUUUGAAAAGGAAUUUGAUGAAAUGUUUGGAAAAAAAAGAAAUUUUAAACCUGCUUUGCUAUUGUCUGCUGAUAAGUGUUAUUCACAAGAAAGUGAACCACAACUAAAGACAUCACACCACAACCAUCAACCAUCGACCAGCAAAACCAUAGAGGAAGUUGAACAAGAACAAGUAACUGAAUGUAUUAAUAAUACAAUUGAAGAAACUGAAGAAAAGGGCAUAAAUAAUAAUACGAGGACUCAAAGACCAACUCCUUUAUUAUGUCGGAGAAAUCCUAGGUCAAGAGUUCCCUAUAAAAGAAGGAAUGACGUGUUAAUUGAAAUUAAAAAUGAUUUUAAGACCUACUAUUCUGAAAAAGUUGAAAUUGAAAAAGAAAAAUUAAAAAAGAAAUUCUGGAAGAACGAAAAAGAAGAACAAGCAUAA